UCAGUCGUAGGCUGGUGUACAUGUACACAGACACUCUCCGGCGAGCUGUAGCAGUACUCGGUACAUUGUAGGCGCAAACUGACAGCAAAUCAACCGGAAAAACCACAUUACCCGAUAUUCUGGAAUUCAAAUUUUAUUUUUUAGAAAGUGAACCAGAACAUUUCUAACAAACUACGACGAUCUUGUCUUCAUAUCGCUUUCAAGGAUCCAAACUUUUACCAGGAGGCUUUGAAGCUGAUCUUGCCAAGUCUAUAAACCAUUACCAUGGCAGCCACAGCAGCAAACCCCGCCCAGAAGAUCUUGGGAGAAAUUAGCAAGGGCCCCAAACUUCAACAUGUGGAGGUCACUGAAAAAAAUGUCCUUCCCAGCAAAGAAGAUGUAGAUAUAGAGAAGUGCCACAAGGAGUUCCUGACAACUCUGCAGAGCUUCGACGCUGGUCAGCUCUCGCCUACAAAAACAAGGGAGAGAAUCAUACUACCCGACAGCUUGACUAUUAAUCAGGAAAAGACUGAGACAGAACAUAGAGAGAAUUUGCAGAGGUUUGACAGGAACAGCCUAAAGAAAUCCAGUCUAACAGAAAAAAAUUCCCUCCCUGAUGCCUGUGCUAUCCAACAAGAGAAAACGGAGGUUGAACUCCGACAGAAUGUAGAGAACUUCAAUAAAGACGGCCUAAAACACGUGACACCAUGCGAGAAUGACCCUGUCACCGAGGCGAGACUUGUACACAACGUCAAAAAGUUUGAUCCCUCCCAGCUCAAACACACAGAAACAUCCGAGAAAAACCCACUCCCAGACCAGGACGCCAUCAUGGAGGAGAAGAAAGAGCAGACUUUUAGAAAAUCUGUGACAGACUUUGAUAAAACGGGCCUGAAACACACUGACACAGUGGAGAAACAGGCUGGUCUUCCUGGUGCCAAAGAAAUUGCAGAAGAGAAACAAGACGAAGGACUAAAGACAGCUAUCAAGACAUUUUCUCGUGAAAGUCUGAAACAGUCAAACACAGCUGAAAAAGUUGUACUUCCUGAUGUAGAAGCCAUUAGCCUGGAGAAACAAGAGGCAGAAUUCAGAAAGUCGCUAACAGACUUUGACAAAGCCAAGCUUGCAAAAACCCAAAUAAAAGAGAAAAAUCCUCUCCCUGACCCAGCAGCAAUAGAGUCCGAGAAGAAAGAAAUGGAGCAUCAAAACUGUAUCAAAAAUUUCAAAAAGGAUGGUAUGAAACGUACUGAUGUCCGCGAGAAGAAUAGGCUACCCUCUCAAGAAGAUAUCAAAGCAGAAAAGAUGCAGAAGUAAUACAAACUGUUGUCACCUAUGUUCCAAGCCUUCAGUAAUGGGAUAUAACUACUGAGCCAAUCACAGCUGCUGUGAGAAAAAAUUCUGAUAAAAGACACUUUGUGAUUGGUCGAGGGAAGUUCUGAUGUCAGUUUCCAGGCAUCCAUUGGUUGAUCUGUCAGGACUUUGAUUUUACACAUUAGAAGAAGAGAAAAAGGAAUGCUACAAAGAGAGAAACAAUUAGGUGGAGGUCAGGAAAAUGCAGAAAUGGUCAUAGUUGACCAUGCAUGGAGUCAUUUACUCCGAAAGAAGGUUUACAGUGGAAGGGCCUACAAACACAUAUUAACUAUUUGAUUAAUUCUGUUCACAUUUUAGUGCAAUAUGUAUGUUUUUGUGAAGAACAAAUUGUUGUUUUUGAUGAUUUAAUGAGACUAAUUAGAUGACAGUUGAAUUGCCUCCCCUUCCAGUUUAUGAAGUAUCUAAAUAAUGAUUAGUCCAAAUUUAUACCUUUUAAGAACGAUCUCGUUAUAGGGCCAUAGUUGUGUCAUCUUUGUUAUCUGCGGUAUUUCUGUUUCAUCUCCUGAGUAUCUUCUUGUAGUAUUUGAUAGUGGAAAAAAAAGGAAAAAACUGCAAGAAAGAUCUUUUCUGAAUUAAGUACAUUUCUGGUUUGUUGAAACUAAUUUGACAUUUUGCAUUUUAUUAUAAUACAUAUGUACUAUAUAGGAUCUAUUUAUGACAUGGUAGGACAUUCUGUGUAUUUUAUUUCUUAUGCUAAGGCCUUUUCCGAAUCUUCAAUAAUAUUUUAGUGAUCUGUGUCCUGAAAGUGUGUACCAUGGCAACCGCCCUGUAACCAAUGAAUUCACCAUAGCUGCCUGGAGACUAAUGUCAGAGUGUUAUUUCUGUAAAUAGUUGCAUACAAUGUAGUAUAAUAAAACAAUAAUCAUAUGCAAUACUGUUAAUAAUGCUAUAGAUAUUUUUUAACCCUGUUAGGACCAGUUCACUGUUGCUCAAGUGUUUCAUUGUUUUGUUCAUUAUUCCACAAUUUCAUCUUUGUUAACACAUAAUUAAGAAGACAAGUUUAAGGAGUUUCAUAGCAUUCCUAAAAACCUUCUUCCUUGGUUGGUGAUUGAAUCAGUGCUUUAUUUAGAGAGUUCCAGCUCUCUUUUCUUGGAGACAACUGGAUUGCUUGCAGUGCAUUUUUCACACUCCACUACUAGUCUUUGCUCCAAAAUAUAUUUUUGUCAUAUAUUUACUAGUGCCACCUGGUGGAGGGAAUAAAAACUAAGGCAAAUAAUCCAGUAUAUCUUUCAAGUUUUUGUACUAGACUUUUGAUUGCAGGUUAUAAUUUCUUUGUUUAGAGAUUAAGUGUACUUUUAGUAAUAAUUACAUUAGUUGGAGAUCUAGAGAAGGAUUUUGGUUGGAGAGUAUUAGCCUUCAAGUUUGAAAAAUAGGAAGAAAGAUAUCUGAUACAUUGAAAUAAAUUGGAGACCUUGUUUAAUGUUACAGUAUUAUUAUGAAAGGGGAAAAAAGGAAGGCCACUGAUAUUAUAAGAAGGUUAUAACUGGGCAUUCAGUAGAUUGGUCAGACACCAGUUAACUAUUGACCAGUGUUAGUAUAGCUAGUCAUCAGUUUUGUGAUAAUCAUUGACGAGACUUGUAAUCAUUAAUGUCUUCCUUUUCCUGUGACUUGUGAAUUGGUUCUUUAUAAAUUAAACGUUCUUGUUCAUUUGAAGCUUUCCCUUUUAUGAAAGGUAGAUGUUUUCACUGUUGUGUUUUCUUUUUUGUGAUAUUUUUCCUUUGUUAAAUGAUUCUUUAUGAGUAAGUCAUUAGAAGCCCCAUUUACCUGAAGCUUUCACAUUUUUGAAAGAUAAAAAUUGUUGCCCUUGUCCUCAGAAAGUCUCAUGUGGAAAUAAUUUAAUUAAAAAUUCAUAAUUUAUUUUUCAAACAUGAAUGAAACCACUGAAUAACCAAAUAUUGUAAGAGAUUAAUCAAACAAGCCUUUGUAAGCUCGUUAUUAAAAAUCAUUACAUUGGGAAACACUUGUAACUUGUGUACAUUGUCAUAACUUUCAUAUUUAACCAUUGCUAUUUCUAAAUUAAUACUUUGGCCGCCUUACGUUGUAUGUUGUGCCAAGUUUAUCAGCCAUGGUUACAUUGUAUCCAGUGCCCAGUUUAUCAGCCAGGAUUACAUUGUAUCCAGUGCCAAGUUUAUCAGCCAUGGUUACAUUGUAUCCAGUGCCCAGUUUAUCAGACAGGAUUACAUUGUAUAAUUUAUCAUGCCAUUUAAAUAACAUGAUAUUUCAAAUUUUGUGUUAUAUUUUGCUGAAAUGUUAGCUGUGUUUGUCAGGCCAGUGUGAUGUUGAGCUAUGCAUUUAUUAAAAACAGAAUCGUUUUCAUUGGAUUUAUUAGGGAUUUAUUCUAUCAAUGUUGACAAAAUUUUGUGCUGACAAUAGUGAUAAUUGUAAUUUUGGCGCAAAACAAAAUUUUCACUGCGUAUCAUCACUUCAUAUGAAUCUAAUUUGGUACAAGAUAUUUUUUCUAUUUCAGAUCUAAGAUGUUAUUUUUUUGGAAUCAAAACGUUUAAAGCAUCAUCUCUAUAAGUAAAAAUUCUAGUAUUUUAUUCCCUUGGCUUCUUCAACACAAUUUAUUUGACUGGCGAAUAACUCAUAAUUCAUUAAUUCUUUCACAAUACUUGCCUAUGAAGAUUUAUUAAGUAGUUAGAAUUGUUGAAUCCUUUUUUGUGCCUUAAAAAAAUAUUUCCGUACCCAAAGAUCAAAACAGUGAUGGAAUCUCGGGCUGGUUUGGUCUUCCUGAUUUUAACUCUUUUGAUAGACUGUUGAAAUUGUUUUGUAAAGGUUUAUUUUUGAGAGGUAACAAUUUGUAAUUACCUGGUAAAAGUUGUGUAUUUUUGAUGGGUCCAAAAUGUUACAUGAUUAAAUUGCUAUAUUUUCAAUACAUAUUGUACUCUUAAAACCAAAAAGGAUAUAUUUGUGAGAUUGCCAUGUUGAUUGUUACUUGGUGCACAUGAUUUUGGCCGUGAAAUUUGUCCUACUCUCCGGCCAGCAGUAACUUAAUGUACAGUAUAUAAUACUAUAUCAUACAUUUAGUCCUGCUCUCGGACCAGCAGUUACUUAAUGUACAGUAUAUCUGCAUGUAGUCUUUCUACUUUCAUUAGGCAUAAUCGCCUACAUUUUCAAUAAAAAAAAUGAAUUUA